AUGACUUCUCUUUUCUUCUCCACCCCCGUCGACAUCGACGUCGUCCUCGAAGACAGCGAUGAACGCCAGACCGUUGACGUCAAGCUCGACAAAGGCCGUCGCGAACGGGUCCCGCUGUACAUGGAUGGGGAGUCGGUCAAAGGUGCCGUGACAGUGAGACCGAAAGAUGGAAAGCGAUUAGAACACACGGGCAUCAAGGUCCAAUUCAUCGGCACAAUUGAGAUGUUUUACGAUCGCGGUAAUCAUUACGAAUUCCUCUCGUUGGUGCAGGAGCUCGCCGCUCCGGGCGAACUGCAACACCCCCAGACCUUCCCUUUCAACUUCAAGAACGUCGAGAAGCAAUACGAGUCUUACAAUGGCAUCAACGUGAAGCUGCGGUACUUUGUCCGCGUAACGGUCUCCCGGCGCAUGGCCGACGUGGUGCGCGAGAAAGAUCUAUGGGUCUACUCCUACCGCAUGCCCCCGGAGACCAAUAGCCCCAUCAAGAUGGAUGUCGGUAUCGAGGAUUGCCUGCACAUCGAGUUUGAGUAUUCCAAGUCGAAAUAUCACCUGAAGGAUGUCAUCGUCGGUCGCAUUUAUUUCCUUCUGGUGCGGUUGAAGAUCAAACACAUGGAGCUGUCCAUUAUCCGCCGCGAGACGACCGGAACGCCCCCGAACCAGUAUAACGAAAGUGAGACGUUAGUGCGGUUUGAGAUCAUGGAUGGUUCGCCUUCACGAGGCGAAACGAUCCCCAUUCGUUUAUUCCUCGGUGGCUUCGACUUGACCCCGACGUUCCGCGACGUGAACAAGAAAUAUUCCACCCGCUAUUAUCUGAGUCUCGUACUCAUCGACGAAGUCAGGAAGAUCUAUCACUUUGUGCCCAACACGCAAGCAAGCAACGGGCAUCCCACGGCAUCCCACGUGAACUGGGUCAAUAGCCGAUCGGUUAUUGACCAGCGUCCGUCGGACCAGUGA